AUGGCUUUCCCUCCACAAUCUGGUGUACGUUGUACUCCUCCAAAAAGUUCUAAGCCCAAGAAUCUGGAAAAAGAGAUUCAGGAAUUUCCCAGGACCUACAGAGUUCAUGACUCCCAAAAGAUGGUGUGGGUCCUGACUGGAAAUUCUUUAACAGCGGUUCCUGCUAGCAACAAUGUCAAGCCUGUCAUUCUUACCUUGAUAGCAUGUAGAGAUACGGAAUUCCAAGACGAAGAGAAAGGUAAUCUAGUUUUCCUGGGAAUCAAGAGCAGAAGUCUCUGCCUCUUCUGUGCUGAGAUUGAGGGCAAGCCAACUUUGCAGCUUAAGGAUGCAGACAUCAUGAAUUUGUACAAUGACAAAAAAGCCCAGAAAGCCUUUCUCUUCUAUCAUCGCACAGAGGGCUCCACUUCUGUCUUUCAGUCAGUCUUCUAUCCUGGCUGGUUUAUAGCCACCUCUUCCACAGCAAGACAGACAAUCAUCCUCACACAGCAGAGGGGUGAAGCUAAUAACACUAACUUCUACUUGGAGUCUGAGACUUAGAUACAGCAUGAACCAUAUGUGGCCAGUUCCAGGCUAAAGAAUCAAACUGUUGAGAAUCUUUUACUUGGAAACAUAGCAAGGCAUCUUAGAAGACCACCAAGCCAUCUCUUCUCCAGACAUCUAUGUCCAAAAUGCCAUUC